GUUGACCGACCGAGCUCGUGACAGUUGCCGCGCACGCGCCCACACAAGGCCAUUUAAUUAUGAUUCCCGUUUUUGCCGUUUAAUUAAUUUCUUUUUGUGUUUUAUUUAUUUUGCUAUCAUCACCCUUCGAAAAAUGCGUUUGUAAGUCUUAACGAACGCCCAAAGUGUGCCUAAACCAAGUUCCUCCACCGCAGCUACGAUUCCAACGACCGUCGAAAAACCCUCACCUGGAUGACAUUCAUUGCUAUCAUCUCCCAGUAAGGUUAGUUUAAAUUGUGUCAGUAAUUUCUUCCCAUUCAUGCCCCAUCCUUGAGGCGUCAUCGCUAUUUUUACGCCUUCGGGAAUCCCAAAAAUAAAUGACAAAAACAUGGCAGUGAAGCAAAAGGUGGUGGAAUGCGUGGCCCAGAGCGCGGAGGCGCGCCUCCAGCUCAUCCUGCGCACCCUGCAGGACCUCACGGCCCAGGGGCUCCAGGACAAGAAGUGCGCCAACAUCGUCAGCCUCCUGGGGACCAUCCACGUGCCCACGGACCCCAGCGACUACAAGCAGUUCAUCGGGAGCAUUAAGAGCGUCCAGGAGAUCCUCACCAAAGAAUGCAUGAAGAACGACUUGGUCUACCUGACCUUGAGGUCGCUUUACCACGAAAUCUCCACGUCUCAGAAGCCGCUCUCGCCGGCCAUGUCCAUAGUUUUGACCCUUAUCCAAGUCGAUUAUAUCCCGACGGCCGUGGACUGGAUCCUCCAAACGGGGUAUUCCCCCGAAAACCACAAAAAAGCCCUCAUGACGCUGUGUAAUUGGCUGCCGAAAUGGACCUGGACGGAGAACCUCGGCCGGUUGGUCCUCACCUUCAUGCAGGGCCUGGAGGCCCAGCAACAGCUCGAGAUCGUGUUCGAGGUCACGGAGGCCACGAUUGAGCCCCUUUUCAGGCUGUUGAUUUUGCCCGAGCACCGCAAAAGCGUGGGCCCCAUUGUCAAGUACAUGCUGUUCUCCAUGUUGUCGCAAAGCAACCCCGUGUCCUUCGACAAGGUCGUCCCCCACGUGGGGAGCGUCGUCGCCUACUUGUACAAAGAAAAGUCCGAUUCUAGUCUUGAAUAUUUCGGCGACAUCGUCAAAGUGUGUUUUCUGUUAAUGGACCACUUCUCCGACUAUUCAAAUCGCUACGUCCAGUUGAAGAAGGACCUGGAGCAGCAUCUUCCUGCGGCGAAUUGUAUCGAGAACGGGCCGUCGAAUUCCGUGGCGACCGUUUAUUCAGCGUCGGGGAAGGUGGGGUUGAACAACCUGGGGAACACCUGUUACAUGAACAGUGUCCUCCAGGCGUUGUUUAUGACGAAGCCGUUCCGCAAUGAGAUUCUUUUGUAUAAUAAGGAUAUGACGUCGUUGUUGUCCAAGUUGCAGACGCUGUUUGCGCUGUUGCAACACUCGAAGAGGGCUUCCAUCUCGCCGCAUGAUAUUUCGAAUUUGGCGAGGCCGCCCGGGUUUUUGCCAGGGCAUCAGCAUGACAGUUCGGAGUUUUUGGGGUAUUUGUUGGAUGUUUUGCACGAGCAGGAGAAGACGGCCGUUUGUGGGAAUGGUACCAAAGCAGACCAUGUGCCCCCCUCAUACAACACCAUAGUCCAGUCAGCCUUCGGCGGUCGCACGGUGUCGGUUUCGCGUUGCGGCGAAUGCGACACAAAAAGCGAACGCGUCGACAACUUCUGGGAGCUGCAACUCUCCUUCCCCAACACCACCGACAAUCAGUCCGUGCAGACCCUCCUCAACUACUACCUCCAACCGGAGAAGCUCAGCGGCGACAACCAAUACCACUGCGAGGUGUGCGACUGUCUCACCGACGGCGAGCGCGUCACCUGCAUCGAAGAGGCUCCCCCACGUCUCAUCCUCACCCUGAAGCACUUCCGCUACGACCAGGCCUCCCAGCAGCGCACCAAACUCCUCCAGAGCAUCAAACUCGACAAUCACGUGCAGCUCGACACCGGCCUCUACGUGCUCUACGCGGCGGUGGUCCACUGCGGCUCCAGUGUGGACUCGGGGCACUAUUACACGUUCGCACGAGACGGAGACGAGUGGUUCAAGUUCAACGAUUGUUCCGUUAUGAGGACUAUGGCGGAGGAACUUUGCAGUUUGAAGCCGCCAGAAACGCCGUAUAUUUUGUUUUAUAGUCGGCAGGACUGCUCGGAUCCCGAGGCGCUGCCGAGGACUGUCUUGUCGCAGAGAUUACAGUUAGUGAUUAAUAAUGAUCACACUGAGUUCGAGCUUGAGAAGAGAAGGAGGCCGAUCAAGACGUACAACAGCAAACAAAAUCGGAACGAUGAACCGCCGCCUCCGGGGUGUGGAGGGCCUGGGUUUUCUAGUAAUUCAUCUAAUAUGUAUGUAUGCUAAAUGUUUCAAUAUAUAUCGGAUUUGGGUUAUUACAUAGUUGAAUUCUUUCUAAUAUGUUGAACAACGAACUGAACUCAUCUGUUGGCAAUUUGGCGAUAGGGUCAGGUGGGGUAAGUGUUAACUAGGGGUCUCAAUUAAUAUUCGGAAUACAGUUGGGAUGAUUGAUUUCAUAGUGUGCCCCACCCGACCCUGGUUAUUUUGCCGGUGGAUAACUUUUCGCCCAGUGACAUAUACGAUUGUAAAUAUUAGUUUUAUUCACACUCACACAUAAAUAGGAAUUGUUUCAAAAAUAGUCACGGAGUAUUGUUGUUUUAUUGUUGUUUUUGUUUUAUUUUGAAAGUACAACGUACUGAAUUGUUUUUUUUUCGAAAUCGUGAUUAAUUUGCUUUCCAUCAAUUGUCUAGGUUUGUUUACACUUAUUUAUAAGUCUGUGAAUUUAUAGGUUUACGUUUUGUGGAUAUUGUAGAUAACAAAUUUGUUUACUGCUGGUAUUAUCCAUACCGUCUGUCUGUACACAAAUUCUACGCUUGUAUAUUUAUAACAAUAAAUUGUUCUUUUCAUAAA